CUCACACAUACACACAGAGGCACAGUCGGUUUUGCGAAGCAGGGCAGCAGUUUGGAAAAACUUGUUUCGGAAAAUUCGAGCACUGGUACGGGAGUUUCUGGUGUGGUGAACGUUUUCAAAUGGUACUGCAGGCGUACGAGUAGGGCCAGUAAGUCGACGUCCGCUACCCUGGCUUGCUGGCUGGCUAGCUUACGGUUACCUCCGUGUUUCGUCCCGUCCCGCGUGCGGUUUAUUUUUUUGUUUUUGGAAAAGCUGUUGGGUGUUGGGAAUUUUUGUGGAGUUUUUUAAGCGAUGGUGCUGCGUACGAUGGUGAUGUGGCGCAGAUAGAGCGCAGACGAGAGAGAGAGGCAGUUGUGAAUGAGGUGUAGCCGAGUGCCCCCCCUCCCCCAAACUACACCAGGAUCUUGGGUGCCCAUUCCAGGGUGCCGAGUGUAACCAGUCGAGUCUGACGACGCUGUGCAGGAGAAGCAAAGGAUCUUACGGAGCGGAGUAACAGGCACCACGCGUCUCCAUCGUUUCCGGUCGGUUCGCCAUCAAACUCCGCGGCUCAAGUUCGCUUCCAACGGUUCGCCAAUCAAAAGCCAUCAACCAACGUCAAAGCUCAAAAGCCGAAAGUAGAGGCAUCGGGACCACCUCCAGCGAGGUACCUACAGCCCAACAUCGUCAACAGGCAAGUCAUCUGCCACCCGUGGUUCAGUUUACUGUAAGGCGCCCGUCGCCCCAAACACAGCCCACGUGCCGCAGCGAGGACGUAACCGGUCGACGAGAGCCGUCAGCUCCAGCCGGACGACGAUGGACGUGACGGAUGGGCGGGUACCGCCGGAUGCGCCAGUCCCAGUCCAGACGACCAACACGCAGCACGACCCGAAAUGCUCACACAUGGCGCAGCAGGACCUACAUCACCAGCAUCACCAACCGCACCAACAGCGUACUUUGAUGGAAAACGCACACGCCAGUCUCCCCGGUGCCAUCCAGCGAAAGUCACGCACGAACGACCGAAGUAAAGAGCGGCCGGGACAUGCCGAUUCGCCGACCGGCACGCGGGAAGUUGACACCGGCCAUUACGGUGACGAUGGCGGAGGACCCAAGGGCAAAGGUUCAUCCGAUAAGCUUGUGGUGCACCUCAUCAUUGGCUUCCGUGAUAUCUGUGUGUUUACACUAGUGCUACCGCUUGGUACCUUGUUCGUAUGUUUCGUCUCCGCUUACGUCUUCCAGCCAGAGGAAAUUCACGAGACGCACUGUCGGGUGUACAAUAUUAUACCGUCAAUCAGUGCCAUCACUGGCGUAAGCCCCCAGCGGUAUCUAUGGCGUGUGUCGAUUGCGCUGCACAUCGGGCCACGCUUCAUCAUUGCCUUCGUCUACCGGAACUGGUACCGUGCUAUGGUGGCCAGUCUCAACGAUCCGGGCCGUAUGUCGAAAGCCUGCCGGAUGAUCAACAUCGUCUACUGGCUGAAUCUGGUCGAGAUCAGUGCACUGUGUGGCGUUACCUACAUCUCCAACAAGGAAAACUAUCCGCUGCACGAGAAGGUGUUUAUCAUCUUCAUGACGACCUCACUGUCGUACAUGCUGGCGACGCUCAAGCUGCUCAAGCUCCUGCAGCCGGACGGACCGCAAACACCGAACGAGGAGUCGUCGUUGCGCUACAAGCAAGCGUUCUUUGCCCUCUCGAUCGCCAGCACGGUUGGGUUGAUACUGUUUUUCCUGAAGCAUCGCUUCCUCUGCCAGGAUCUCGCAUUUAGCUGGUUCGCACUGUGCGAGUACAUCGUGGCGUCCGCUAACAUGGGCUUUCACUGUACCACCAUGCUGGACUUUCCGACCGAGCACUUUCUGAUUGCCAAAAAUGCGAAGCAGUACAAGAAGCAGCAGACAUCGCUCGGCUGGAAGCUCGACUGAGCAUCGUAAGCGAUUCUGAACCUUAAAGUCCCAGACACACACACACACACAAACACUUGUAGUACACGAACAGAGGUGGUGGUGGUGUACGUGUGAUCUUGUUUUGUUUCCGCUCGCGAGUGGUCGGGUUGGUUUAGGCAGGCCCUAACGUACUAACAGGCAGGUAGACAUCGUUUUCGGACAGUUGAACACCUACACAAUAACUCACACACAACGCUCGGGACCUUGAUGACACCACGGUUUAUGGUUUGAAGUUCACUGCUCAGCAGUAUGCGAAUAGUAUUAGUUUCAUCUGACCUCAGCUGUCAAAUCGCGUACCAGGUUCGAACGACUGAACAGUGACUUCAGCCUUAGUGAACCCAGAGUAUGGUGAGGUUCUGUCUGACAGCAAGCAGCACUUCUUGUGUCGGUUAGUGUGUGUGUGUGCGUGUGUGUGUGAUAUUCACAAAACCACUGCCUAAGCAGGUUGGUUAGGCAAAACAAACACCUGUAUGGGUAUCGAUUUAAUAAGCGAAUAUAAAUUUAUAUAUUUGUAUACAUAAAUAUAUAUCUCUCAAUACCACCACAGCCAGCAAAAAAACGUGUAUGUAUAUACAAAUAUACUGUUGUAUUGUUUAUUAUUCUAUCGAUAGAUUCUAAAGAGAGAGAGAAAGAGAGAGAAUAAACAAAAAAACACAUCAGGCACACACACACGCUCUCCAAUACGAACACAAGAAGAGGUAGACAGAAAAAAAGGACAAACAAUUAUUUAGACACCUACAUGCAAAUUUAUGUGUACAUACAUAUACAUACGAACUUAACAGAUAAAUUAACGAUCCCCUACCCUUUAUAUGUAUAUGUAAAUGUAUAUGAUGGACGAUGCUGAGAUUAACAUGGUGUGGUCGUCAGUGAGAUCAGAGCUAAUGCUACCAAACUAACUGUUUCCCACAUAUACGAUACUUCUUCGAAACAAGAUAGCCAAUCGGCAUCUGCCACUGAGUGCUCAGGCUAGUGCGCAUAGCGAAUAUUCGUUCCUGCAGGUUCCUGAUCACAUCUAGAGCUAGAUCACCGGCAGGGUUUAAGUAGUCACAGAUGGUUCCAGGGAGCUCUAUUCUAGGCUAGGUCCCAAUGUAAUAGCUGCAGAUCAGGUUCGUUAUUCGUUGGCGGAUCCAUUUUUUUUUUAUUUUCACUCCUAAUAAGGAUGUUCGUCUCGCUCGCCGAUUUCUGCUACACGACAGCAUCAGUUUUUAGUGCGAGACGCGGUAAAGCUAGCAGUUAGUAGGUCACACGUCACGUCAUGUCUAACGGCUAUACACGCGCAUACAGACAGCAGUAGUUUAAGGACGCUCGUAUACUCACCCAGGUAGUCCCUCACAGAUAUACCCUCACACACACACACACACACACACGGGCAUGAUCUGCUCUUCCCAGAUUUGAUACGUACGUACCGAGGUUGCAAACAAGCGUAAACACACACAUAUCAAAUUAAAUCGGCGCAAUGAUACGACGAAUAGGAGCAAAAUGGGGCGAAUACGGGAGAUCCGCAAUACUUCAAACUCAUCUGCUUUAUACGUGAAGUGUCCUCACAAAAUUUAACCAAAAGAAGGAGAAAAAACAAACGAAUGUCGAAACAUCUCUUCAGACAGGUGAGAGAGAGAGAAGGAGAGAGGGAAUGAAUAUACUAAACUAAAAUGGAGAUACGUAAGGCAACGCACAACUCAUAGCAAAUUCACCUAAACACCAGUUUCUAAUGGGUGGGGGAGAGAUCACCUGGUGUGACUCCGGAGGUUAGGGAGUAAAGGUCCCCUUCUACACCUACUUUCAUCACUCUCUCUCUCUCUCUCUCUUGCUCCCUUUAACAUUGUACGUAUUAAAUAAUCAGUAUCCAAGCAAAACCAAUAAAAAAAGUAGAGCAAAGCCGCCAUCUUGUACAGCGAGUAGUCGAGAACUUGUUUUUCUGCACGUGCAAGACAUAUUACCAUUACCCACCGUUCGCUACACGGAACAUUGAGUACACUUCUUCUAUCGAUCGUUUUUCGUGCUCGAACAGCUAAACAGCAGGAGAAGGCACGCCUAAGUGCAUUUUAGAUCCUGCUCGAUCCACCCACCUGUUGCGUUUGCCUAGACUAUGCGAGCCUCAUUCUCAUUUGAUCCAACUUUUUUUUUGUAACCUUGAUUUUCGAUGUGAGUGUGCGUGCGUGUGUGUGUGUGUGAGCGCAUGUGUUAAAGAUUUAUAGUGACGCUCAAGCGCAGAGGCGUGCUAGAGAGCUAUGAUCGAGCUAUAUACUUUACUAUAUAAACUUCCCGCCAGCAGCAGCGGGUGGUCGUAAACACUAAGGCAACGAGAGAUAGUAUAAUGAUUUUUAAGUUUUAUUUUUAACUCUAUCAAAGUCUAGUCUAACGGAGGAAAAUAACCGAAAAAAAUACAACCACAAGAAAAAAAAACACACUCAAAUGUAACAAACAGUUAAUAGAACAUGUAAAAUGGGAAGAAAGAAAGAGAACAACAAAAAGGAAAUGAAGAAGGAUGAUAAAAAGGGCCGAAGAAAAGUGAAGCGCAAGAGAAAGAAACACAUAAAAAAAACAAACAAAAUAAAAACAAAAUGAAAGGUUACCUGUUAGCAACUGUAAGGCAACACUAGAGAGAAGCUAAAAAAAGGAGAAGUUAAAAAGAGAAGCUUAAUCUAACAAAAUAAAACCCUAAAAAAAAAACACGCCGUGAUUCAAAGCGAACCAAGAUCAAUGUGAGUGCAAUACAGCAAAAGGGGGAGAAAAAAAUGCAAUUCGGAAAUUAGGGAAAAUUAAUCGAAAACAGUGCGUAGAACAAUUAAUCGCUACAACAACAGUACAACAAAGUAUACAGAACGUAAAAAAGCAAAAGCAGAAGAACAAACCUCUUACAAAUGGCCGUAUACGCUCUGCGAGUACAAAACCAAAAGAAGAAGAAAAAUAACACGAUUACUAACAGCAGGGUCGAAAACAAACAUCAAUAGUCGAAUAGUUUAAACAAGCAACAAAUGCAAACACACACCAACAGCAAACAAAAUGGAAGAGAAAUAGGAACAAAAAUAAUGUUUAUCAGUAGUUAUUAGUAGGCACGAAUCUUUUUCCCCCAAAUUUUUGGACUUUUCAUUACUACUCCAAAAUUCGUUCUCCCACACACACACACACACGCAAACACACAUACACACAAGAAACGAUCGUUGAACAACAACAUGGAACGGAACAAUUGCUGCGAUACAGGCGCAAGUUCGAUGUGGACGUUAGGAUGGCGCGUGAGAUGAAGCUGAAAAUCGUUUGCAAAUGCUGUGUGUGUGUGUGAGGCGUGGAGACAAGAAAGAAAACACAAAAAAACACUGGUGGAUGGUAUGUUGUCGAUUGAUAGCCGGAUGACAGUUCCCCGCAGCUUCCUCCGUCGGCGUUGGCUCAAUCAAAGGGGAGCGGCCACGAGCGGGCUCCAAGGCAUGGGCUAGGCGUGUGUUUGUGCUAUAGUAUUUCUCCUAACCAAUUUCACUGCAUCUUUGCCCAUUUACCAGUGGCGGCAGUUUUCUUCGAACAAAACUAAACAAACAAACAAACAAACAAAACAAACUAAAACCAACAAAUGAUUAAUAAUAGCGUAAGCAAGCGAUUCGUUUUCCGGAAGCAGAGCAAUUAUGGACGAGGGGAGAGAGAGAGAGAGAAAGAGAGAAAAAGAAAGAAAGAAGGAUAACAAUUAACAUUAGCAAUUUGAGCGAAAAACAAGGGGAGAAAAAGAUAAAAAUACAAAAAAAAGAGGACAAAAGAAGCCCAAUAUAGUAGCAUAAAUUACGUUAAAUCUCACAGUCGAAUGCAGAUAAGGUAAAAGAAAAAGAACAAAACAUCAUAGCUAUUACAAAAAACGGAACCAAACAUACUGGCGAUAGAGGCGUAGAAAACAAAAGUAAGAGGAAGAAAAAACACAAACACACACAGCAGCAGCAGCAAUCUAGUGUCAGAUAAAUGGUCUGGAGCAACAGACUCCCGGAAUUAAUCGCGGAAACGUACGUGAAAUGGCGAAAACAAAUAAAGACCUAAAAUAUAA